AUGAGUCAGCCAGCACAACAGCGUCCUCCACCAUUACCACAGCCCGGAGCGCGAGGCUGGAGGUUUUGGACCAUUUUCCCUCCUCUUUGCAUUGCCACCCUCUUCUCUGCCCUCGAAUCGACGGUCACGUCGACCUCACUGCCCGAAAUCACCGCUUCCCUGCACGCCGGGUCAAACUACACCUGGUUCGUCAACGGGUAUCUGCUCACCUCGACCGUCUUCAUUCCCCUCUACGGCCAGUUCGCCCAAGUCUUUGGCCGCCGCUGGCCGGCGAUGGUCGCCGUGGCGAUCUUCACGCUGGGCAGCGGCAUCAGCGGCGGCGCCAACUCGACGGCGAUGCUCAUCGCCGGUCGUCUCGUGCAGGGUCUGGGGGGCGCCGGGAUCGGCACGAUGACCAACCUGAUCAUCAGCGACCUGGUGUCCGUCCGUGAGCGCGGCAAAUACCAGGGCAUCAUCUUCGGGACCUUCGGCAUCGGCAUCGCGAUAGGGCCCGUCAUCGGCGGGGCGAUCGCGCAGAGCGGGCACUGGCGCUGGGUGUUCUGGCUGAACCUGCCCCUCGGCGGCGUGACGCUGGUGCUGCAGUUCAUCUUCCUGCAGAUCACCUUCCGGAAGGUCUUCACCUUCACGCAGAAGGUGAAGCAGAUUGACUGGACCGGGAAUUUUCUGCUGAUCGGCGCCAUGAUCGCCAUCCUCAUCGCCCUCUCCUGGGCCGACACCGUCUAUGCCUGGUCGGACUGGCACAUCCUCGUCCCGUUCCUAAUGGGGUUUGCGGGCCUGUUCGCCUUCCAUGCCUUUGAGGCGACGCGCUUCUGCGGCGUGCCCACCAUCCCCGGCCGCCUGUUCCGCAACCGCACCAGUGCCGUCACCCUCCUCAACACCUUCCUCUCCUCCAUGCUCACCUACUGGCGCUCCUACUUCCUCCCCGUCUACUUCCAGAGCGUCCUACUCGUCUCUCCGCAGCGCUCCGGCGUGCUGCUGCUCCCCAGCGUCCUGAUCGCCGCUCCCGCCGCCAUUCUCUCGGGAUUCGCCCUCUCCCACUUCGGCCGCUACAAGCCCAUCCACCUCCUCGGCUACGCCCUGAUGACCCUCGGCACGGGCCUGUACAUCGACUACGACGCCCACUCCUCGCUGGCGAAGGUCGUGCUCUACCAGAUGGUCGCCGGCUUGGGCGGCGGUAUUCUUCUUACUACCUUCCUGCCCGCCGUGCAGGGCGCGAACCCCGCGAAGGACCUGGUUCCGGCUUCCGCGACGUGGGCGUACUUGCGUGCCUUGGGGAGUAUCUGGGGCAUCGCCAUCCCGUCGGCCAUCUUCAAUAGUCGGGUCUCGUAUUACGUGCAGGCCCGCGUGUCUGAUCCGUCUGUCCGCGGGGCGUUGGGGGGUGGGGGUGCGUAUGCGCAUGUCUCGGCGGCGUAUAUCCGGGCGCUGCCGGAUGGGGUCAGAGAGGAGGUGGUCGGAGCGUAUACGAGUGCGAUGAAGAAUGUGUGGGAGGUUUGUGUGGCGUUUUGUGCGGUGGCGGUGUUGUUGACAUUGCUGGAGGAGGAGAUUCCCAUGCGGACGACCGCGGUGGAGGGGGAUUCGGUGCUGAAGGAGAAGAAGAAGAAGGAGGAGGAGGAGGCUGGGGGUGCUGAUCCUGCGAAUACUGCUGGUGCUUCUGGAGAGAAGAAUGCUGAGGCGGGGAGGGUGGAGGAGACUAUUCCGGUUGCUUCGUCGAGUGAGGGGUCUGGGAAUGAUGGGAUGAAGAGCGGGGGUGGAGAAGGGUUGUUGGCUUCUGGGGCGGUGGGGGCGAAGAAAGACGAGGGGGAGAAUGGGCCUGAAGCUUGA